UUGAAGCGACUUCGCCUGUUUCUGGUUGUGUUUAUUAGUUUUCGGGGUUUGAGGCCAUAAUUCUAGAAAACUUUUAUGUUACGCGCUGAAAUAUCAAGCCUACAUCUUGGCUUGUAUUUUUGAGAUUUAAAAGUCGAGUUUUACAUCAGAUGUAGUAGUUAAAUUGAGGUCGGAACAUGGAAGGCGAAAUACUCGAAAAGGUCUUGUCUGGUCUCCAGAAAGGGCAGCCGUACUGCCUCAUUUGUUUCAAAACUUCAAACGAAACCCGCCUUGUUGUACCUAAAUAUCUACAGCAGUUCGCCAAAAACUUUAACAUAAACAUAUUCUCUAUACAACCAACGCUUAUAGAGAAGACCAUGCUAGCGUGCUACAUGUGCGAGGCCCGGGCGGGAGCCGCAGUCAAAUUCUACGCGGCAGUCCAGACCGCUGUGUCUGCUCGGUUGAUGCUUAACCGGCAUGCUAGUCACAAUAUGACGCUGGCAAAACCUAAAGACGUUGUAAUUAGUAUGUGUAACAAGAAGCUACAUGAAUACCAAACAAAGAGCACCCUGCGUCAAACAGAGGUGCUAAUUGUCGACAGCAACGCGGGCCAGUGGACGUCUAAGCGGAGCAUCCUUCCUUCAGCGUCUGAAGUUGCGAAAGAAGGCUCUUUAAUUGUGCCACAAAACAAAGAUGUGGAAACCGUAGUUUUAGACGACGACGAAGAUGAGCCUGAAUCACCAAAACUGGAAGCAGAGCAGCCCUUAGCUGAAAUAGUUCUUCUCAAGCGAUUCGUACGCAACAGUACCUCAGCCACGCCACGCAAAAUCCUACCCAAAAUAGUGUCACUGGACGAAUUGUUAGCAAACAAAAGCUCAAAAUACGCUGCCAUAGUCCCGAACCAUGACCAGAUAAUUUGCAGAAACCCUGAAAACCAAGACGCUUAUAUCUUGCAUCCUUUGUCUAUAGAUGACGAAGGAAACACUUCCGUAAGUACACUUUCUGCUUUGCUGGUCAACGGACAGCUGGUCCAUGAUACCAGACCAAAAUAUACUACAGAAAGCUGUGUGAUGCUUGAGAAUAAAACUGUCUUGAGCGAAAAGCGACUUAACACAGCCAAAGACACUGUUAACAGUGUUGAAAACGAUAAAAUUCAAAAUGGCGUUAAGGAGGCGCCGUUAAGAGUCAAUAGGUUAUUGCAAGACCUCCUCGCUUCAAAAAGUAGCGGAGACACGGAGGAUUUCGACAACGUUAUAGACAGAUUAUUACAAGAAAAAUUGGAGUCUUUCACGAGUAAAAACAACAGUAACAAGAGAUCGAAGGAAAUUGUAAUGGAGACAAUGAAAAGACAAAAAACUUCAACGAACAAAAGUAUUUUGAAUGAAGAAUACUAUCAGUUGCCGAAGUUGGCCGCUAAGGCAGUUGUGUUUGACAUGAACGCGGAGAUUAGACCGCCCCCGUUGGCGAGGCUGACAAAAGUGUACGAUCCCCAACUGCCUGUAGGGCCCCUGAUAACUAGCGUAAGGUCUGAAGUGGCCGCGCCGCCGCAGAAGACCGGGAAGGUCGAUUGGGAGGACAAAAUACCUAUGGAUUUAAUAUCUUAUGCGGGUCCUAAAAAAGUGUUCAUAGGCCCUACAAACAAAGACAUUGGAAUACAGACCCAACACAUGGCCGGCCAAGUGGAACAGACAACUAGCAGUCACCAAGCGGACCCCAAUAUAAUAGACCUUUGUUAAUAACAAUUAAGGUCUAUACAAACUGGAGCUGGGUACGUUCAUAACCGGCUGUAUGUAUAGACCUUUAUCAAACCGAAUUUGGUAAAAACCAAACCAAAUUUUGGCCAUGAGGUACAGUCAUGAGCAAUAUGAUAUACCCACUUUAGGACUCUGUCGCACUAACACAUUUGACAUUUAGUGAGACUUACAGUUCAGUUUGUCAAAAAAGUUAAUGUGACGUGGUACCAAAGUGUAUACAUAUUAAUGCUCGUGACCGUACACAGACAAGGGCGUGGUUGGCGCCCUUUUUUAAUUUUAUAUAUUAUUACUCUUAUUUCGCCAUGCAGUCACUAGAUGUCGCUAACCGUAUAAGCUUACAUAUGUAAAUCAGCGCCAUCUAGUGACCAUGUAUCGUAUCAUUAUGAACACGACUGUACAGUCAUGAGCAAUAUAAUGUACCCACUUUAGGACUCUGUCGCACUAAGAUAUUUCACAUUUAGUGAGACUUACAGUUCAAUUUGUCAUAAAGUACAUAUUAAUGCUCGUGACCGUACAUGAUUCCAGCGGACAUCUCCUAAUUUCGUUAUACCUGUCAUUUUCUUAUCCGCCGAAAAGGAAAGGGACAGAUGAUUGACAACUCUUAAUUUUAAAAUGAAUGGAUAAUCCGGGCGAAUUAAAUAGCCAUGUCGCUGGUAUGCAAACCGUUUUACGUGUGUUAUUAACUUAAAUAAAGAUCAUAGAAGGAAAGCUACAAGCAAAGAGAGGAAUUGGAAGACCAAAAAGAGCUUACAUGGAGCAGAUUAAACAGAAGGCGAACGUCGUGUCUUAUAAGGAAGUGAAAGAAUUGGCCUUUGAUAGACAAGAAUGGAGAAUGCUACACCGACAAGAGCGUGGCUCUUUGUGAUUAAAUACCAUACGUCCCUUUCGUAACCAAAGUUUCAUAACUAGUUAUAAAAAAUAAUUUUCUUCGCUGUUUGUUUCUGGAGGUCCGGGUUCGAUUCCCGAUGGGGACAUUGUCGAAAUCACUUUGUGAGACUGUCCUUUGGUUGGUAAGGACUUUUCAGGCUUGAAUCACCUGAUUGUCCGAAAAAGUAAGAUGAUUCCGUGCUUCGGAGGGCACGUUAAGCCGUUGGUCCCGGCUAUUAGCCGUAAAAACACCUCCACCAACCCGCAUUGGAGCAGCGUGGUGGAGUAUGCUCCAUACCCCCUCCGGUUGAUAGAGGGCCUGAGGCCUGUGCCCAGCAGUGGGACGUAUAUAGGCUGUUUAUGUUAUGUUUGAUAACCAGUUAACAGAGAAGACUCUUUUUCCAUUUUCGUAAUUAAUUAUACUUUAUAACCAGUUACGAAAAAUGUUUUUUUUUGUAACCACCUAAAGUAGCUUUUACACCGACGAGGUGAGGUGAGAAGAGGAUUGAAAUCGCGCCAAAAAAUCAUUAAUAUUAACCCUUUCACCGCCAAAGUCUGAUAUAUUAGACACGUAGUGAUGCAACUAAUAUCAUAAUUACUUGUGUGAUUGUUCACUGUAUUUAUAGGCCACUGAAAUUUAAUACAUUUUAAAAUGUUUCAAGGAGUAUACUGGGUGUUAGUGACAUCGUAACGAAUACUGAGAGGGAUGAUUCAGACCAUGUUUCUGAGUUAAUAUCAAGUGGAAUUUUCCGUCGCAAAAUUCAUGUUU